UGGAUCGAGUACCAUGGAUUGAAACAGAGGCAUUUCUUUCAUUUUUUAAAAAAAAUUAAAAAUGAGUGAGAAACAGUUAAGAGUAGUGAUGUAUCCAUGGUUUGCCAUAGGGCAUGCAACACCAUUUCUUCACCUUGCUAACAAACUUGCUGAAAAAGGCCACAUUGUCACUCUUUUACUCCCUAACAAAGCCAAGCUUUUGUUACAAUCUUCAAAUCUCUAUCCAACCCUUUUAAACGUUCAAACCAUCGUCGUCCCCCACGUCGAUCCACUCCCACCGGGCACGGAAACUCUUUCCGAUAUCCCCUCCAACCUCGAAACUCACCUCGCCACCGCUUUAGACCUUUUUCGUCCUGAUUUUGAGUCUAUCCUUAAUAAACUCCAACCUAACCUCGUGAUCUACGACUUUGCCUAUUGGGUCCCAGAGGCCGUGUUGGCCUCUGGGUCCAAGGCCAAAUGUGUGGUCUAUUGUGUAACCUAUGCCUCAAUCCUGGCCUUAGAAAUGGUCCCAUUUCGGGACCCACCUAAGGACAGGCCCGUGGUCGCAGAGGAUCCAUGUGUUGCAUGUAGUACUCCCCCCGGCUACCCUUCGAACAUGGUCAUGCCGUUUGAGGACAAGAAUAGGAUCUUCUUGCACUCACCAUAUGGAGAGGGGGUCACCUUUCACCACCGUGUCUCCACCGCAAUCAAGUGUUCCGACGCUAUUGCGAUCAAGACAUCUAGAGAGAUAGAAGGCAAGUAUUGCGACUACUUAUCUAGCCAGUACAACAACAAGCCCGUCCUUACGGUCCUAGACAUGCCCGAACCUAAGGAAGUAGCCCUAGAAGCCCGUUGGGCCGAGUGGUUGGACAAGUUCACAAAAGCGUCGGUCAUAUUUUGUGCCUUCGGGAGUCAAGUCAUUCUUGAGGUGGCCCAAUUUCAAGAAAUCCUCCUCGGGUUUGAAAUGACAAAUUUACCCUUCUUAGUCGCGUUCAAGCCCCCCACAGGGUGCGCAACCGUAGAGGAAGCGUUUCCCAAGGGGUUUGUUAAUAGAGUUGGGGAGCGAGGGGUGGUGACUGGUGAGUGGGUUCAACAACCUCAAAUACUGGCGCACCCGUCGGUCGGGUGCUUCGUGAGCCAUUGUGGGUCCGGUAGUAUAUGGGAGUCAAUGUUGAGUAAGAAUCAGAUAGUGUUGAUCCCACAAUUACCGGAUCAAAAGUUAUUUAGUAAAAUAAUAGCUGAGGAAGUACAAGUUGGUGUACAAGUGGAAAGAGGUGAAGAUGGAUCGUGGGUUUCAAAAGAGAGUUUGUGUAAUGCCGUUAAAUCUGUUAUGGAUGAGGAAAGUGUGGUUGGUAAAUUGGUCAAGAAAAACCAUCAAAUUUGGAGGCAGAAAUUAGUAGAUCCGGGAUAUAUGCGUGAUAAUAUUGAUGGUUUCAUCAAGAAUUUGCAAGCCCUUGUCGGUUGAAUUUUAUUUUAAUUUUUAAUUGUUAGCUCUCAUUAAUAGAAUUCAGCAAUCUAUAUCUUUAAGGAUAAUCUUGUUUUUUUUUUCUUUUUUUUCUUUUAUGAGAAUAAGGGAUAAUACUGUUAAUUGUACCUUAUUAUGGCUAUUUUAAGUUGAUGAAUAAAAACAAGAUUUGUUUA